AUGCCCUCCGACAUCCUCAGGAAGAGAAAGAUUGCCGUUCUUGGUUCUCGCUCAGUCGGGAAGUCGUCGCUCGUUAUCCAGUUCAUCGAAAGCCACUUUGUCGAGUCCUACUACCCCACCAUCGAGACAACGCACACCAAGAGCAUUAAUUACAGAGGCGUCGAGUAUGACUGUGACAUCAUCGACACUGCUGGCCAGGACGAGUACACCAUCCUAAAUCCGAAGCACGCUAUUGGUAUCCAUGGCUAUGUGCUGGUAUACUCGGUGGCGUCGCGCAAGUCUUUCAACAUGGUGAACCUCGUCUACGACAAGAUUGUCGACUUCUGCGGGUUGAACACAAUUCCAUGUGUCAUUGUCGGGGCAAAGACGGAUCUGCCGAAGGCGUCAAGACAGGUGGAGGAGUCUGAGGGCCAAAGGCUGGCUGACGAACAUCAUGCCGCAUUUGUCGAGACUAGCGCGAAGAACAAUCAGAACGUUGCGGAAGUAUUUCAACUCUGUCUAGGAGAGAUCGAGAGACAAUCGCCAAAUCACCACGACGAGCCUCCCGCCAGCAAGUGCAUCAUCAUGUAA